AUGUAUGUGAAUCAUAAUUACGUUAUUAUUAUUAUUAAAAAUAUUUGGAAAGUGAAAUUGUUCUUUACGUUGAUUUUCAUCAGUUCUUCAAUUUUUGAUAUAAUAAUUAAUCCGACUUUUGCAUAUGAGACUGCAAUAAAUCAUGUUGAAUCAAGCAACAAUGGCCUCAAAGUAGUUGAUGGGAUUAAUUAUCAGGAUGGAACAAUUUUAUUAAGAUUGUUGAAUCCUUUAAAUUACUGUAAUGAGAAUACAAUCUAUUUACGAUUAGUCCAUACAAAUGAAACUGUUACAACUUUAAAUUUAAAUAAUUUGAACAUUCCAUGGGAAAAUUUUUGCUACAAACUUGCAUUGGUUGCUAAUAGUAAACAAAGUAGUGGUGGUAGCAGUAGUGGUGAUAGCAUUACAAUAAAUGCUAUAGCUUAUAAAUAUAUAUUAAUAAAUUAUUUUUGUGAUCAUUCCAUUUCUAAUAAAGUUUGUGGUGAUGUCGUUACUUGGACUGGUGAAUUAGUAAGUAAUAUUGAAUUUGAGAAUGUAUGUGAUGACAGUAUAAUUAUUCAAAGCCAUAAAAAAGAUGAUGGAUUUUUGCGUGUGUGUUAUGUUAAAGAUACAAAAGAAAUCAUUUGGACAAAAUACAGUGUACCAAAUAUUUCUACUGGUACAAUAUUAGAAACUUCUACUGGAAAAUUAACAGAUAUAACCAACUUUAACCCAAACAUUACAAAGUUCUUUUCAAGAGAAGAUGGAAGUUAUGCCAUGGUAACUUGUACAACUGACACAAAAACAACUACUGAUAGUAAUCAAUUUACUGGAGAUUGGACAAUUGCUGUAACAUUUUUAUCUGUUGAUGAUAGUUUGCAACCAACAGGCCCUUUUGAGUUAUAUAAAAGUAAAACAAAUGGUAAUGGUUCGAUUGAUAUUGUUAAUAUCCAUAG